AUGGAUAAGAACACCGUGCGAUACAGCGUGCAGCUGUACAUCUAUGACCUGUCCAGGGGAAUGGCUCGCAGUCUCAGUCCAAUUAUGCUAGGGAAGCAACUGGAUGGUAUUUGGCACACGGCCAUAGUGGUGUAUGGAGAUGAGUUCUUCUUUGGCGGGGUGGGGAUCUCCAGCUGUUCACCGGGUGGGACAAUGCUUGGUCCUCCUGAUACAGUGGUGGAGCUAGGGGAGACAGAGGUGUCAGAGGAGAUCUUCAUGGAUUAUCUCUCCUCCCUGGGAGAAAGCGCAUACAGAGGUGACAGGUAUCGGCUGUUUGAGCACAACUGCAACACAUUCACCAACGAGGUGGCUCAGUUCCUCACAGGCAGGCCUAUCCCCUCCUACAUCACCGACCUUCCAUCCGAAGUCCUUUCCACCCCAUUUGGUCAGAUACUACGCCCAAUCCUAGACUCCAUCCACAUCGCCCCUCCUGGAGGUAACGUCAUCAACGGGGGACGCCACAACUAA